AUGAAUAGUUCAAUUCAUUCAUCAGUAUCAACGUCAUCUGACGACGUUAUUUUACCUUCAAUUAAUAAUCAUAUUAAUCAUAAUCAUAUAGAAUUAACAAAUAAAUCACUUAAACGUAAUCGAUCACCAAGUUUAACACGAGAUGAUGAUAAUAAUGAUACAAAUCAUUCAUCAACAACAACCACAGAUACACCAACAAAGAAAAGUCGAAAAAAACGAACAACAACGGAUAUUGAUCAAAGUCUAGGAAGACAUUUAUCAGCCGAUAGUUUACAUGUCUAUCGAUGGCCAACAGGUGAACCACAUGCUGAAUUACAUGUAUUACAAGAACAAAUCUGUGAUUAUCUAUCACUUAAAUCAUUUAAACGAAAAUAUCCUGAUAUUUACCGACGAAUUGUUGAUUUACAUGAACGAGAAUAUUUAAAAUCGCAAAAUGUUGUCACUGAAACACAAUGUGAUCUUGGUUUAACAGCACUUAAACUCGAUGAAGUCUUAGAACUUAUGUCAACUGAUUAUCCAGAAAAAUGUCAUCAAUUCAAUCAUGCAUGGCAACAAAAACGUCGUACACUUGUUGCAACUAAUAAUAAUGGUACCUCUGUAUCAUCCCUUAUGUCUAUAGCAAAUGCAAAUCCAUCCUUAAUAACAUCAUCAAAUACUCAGCCAAAUCAUUUAUUAGAUAAUGGAGAUAAGAACCGCGUUUCCAAAUUUCGACAAGAUUUAAUACGUUCAACAGUAGAUUUUAAUACGCAAUUACAACGAGAAAGACUUCAAGAUCGUAAAGCAUGUUUUGAUCUUCAAACUAUGCAAAUACAUUAUCCUGCAAAUAGACAACUUCGAUUACCAUCACAUUUAACAAAAAUUGGUUCUUAUCCAUUAGCACUUUUACCUGGACAAUAUCAAGAUUCUUGUAUAAAAUAUAAAUCAGAGGAAUUAAAAUAUAUGCCUAUAAAUACUGCACUUUAUUAUUAUCCAAAACCACUUUCACUUGUUCAGACUGAACGUUUUUCACAGCAGACAGCAUCAAGUGAUGAAGAAGAUGGAAAUUCUUCAACGACUCGUCCUGUUCAUUCAAAUCUUUCAAUUCAACAACGUCCUUCAACACCACAAUCACCUCUUCUAGUCAACGGAAUUGGUGGUACACCAUCAUUAUCACGUGUAACUAAACCAUCAACACCAAUAUCUGUGAACAGUCAUUCAAAUCUAUGUCAUAUAUGUAAAAUAACGCAAGAUGAAUAUGAUGAAGAAUUAGUAACAUGUACUAGUUGUAAUCAUCAUUUUCAUCCUGUUUGUCUUGAUGUUAAUAAUGAAAUGUUGAGUAUAAUUAAAACAUAUCCAUGGCAAUGUAUUGAUUGUAAAAGUUGUGCUAAAUGUAAUAAAACACAUGAUGAAGCUAAUAUGAUGUUCUGUGAUCGAUGUGAUCGUGGUUAUCAUACAUAUUGUGUUGGUUUAGAAGCUAUUCCAGAAGGAUCAUGGCAAUGUUCAGCUUGUGAUUCACCAGCACAACCACCUCCCUCCUCAUCACCUGUGCCUGUAAUCAAAGGAAAACGUGGUCGACCUUCAAGUACCAGUCGAUUAUCUCCACAACAAUCAACGAAUUCUCCUAAAACCGAAAGUGUUCCUACACGUGUUUCAUCACGUCGUAGUCGUCAAAUUAUAUCAACACCUUUAUCCCCAUCAAAUAAUACCAAUCAUUCAUCCAAUUCAUCUUCUAUGGAUGUAUCUACGACGAACAGUUCUUCUAUGAAUCUCAUAUUAACUCGACAUCAACAACAAUGGACCACAACUCCAACAAUCACACCUGAAAUAAAAAGCAAAACCUAA